AUGAAAGGAGUCAAUCGAGACGCGUCUUUUCUGAAAGUGCAAUAUUUCAAUGUUUGCAGAGUGGAAAGCUCAGCGUUGCAGUUGGUGUGCCCGCUGGAUUCUCGUCCGGUGCAGCUAAUCUUCCGAGGAUUACAGGUGGUCAAGGAGAAGCGAGCACUCCUGAGAGAUGUUUCGGGAGUCGUCAAACCGGGCGAAUUGUUGGCCGUUAUGGGUCCUUCAGGCUGUGGUAAAACAACACUGCUGAACUGUUUGUCCGGCCGUGUUGGCGUAGACGGCGGUGAGAUCUGGCUGAAUCGCGAGAGGCUCACCAAACGGUGGCGCAGAAGGAUCUGCUACGUACAACAGCAGGAUAUUUUUUUCCCCGAUCUCACCUUACGACAAACGCUUGAGUACCAGGCGAGGCUGAGGCUUCCGGAUACGCUCUCACACUCCCAGAAGAUGCAGUGCGUGGACCACAUCAUCGAGGUCCUCGACCUCGCGGCCUGCCAAGACACCAUUAUUGGAGAUUAUUCGAAGCGCGGAAUCUCUGGUGGUGAAAAAAAAAGGACGAGUAUAGCUUGCGAAUUACUCACGAAUCCGUCAUUAAUGUUACUUGAUGAACCCACGAGUGGACUCGAUUCACACUCGGCACAGGCAUUGAUCUCACGGUUGAAGAAAUAUGCCGAGCAAGAGGGUAAAAGCAUCGUGGUGACGGUACACCAACCUAGUUCCAGAAUGUUCCACAGUUUCAGUAAGCUUCUCUUACUGAGCAACGGUCAGGUGGCGUAUUAUGGCUCGACGGCGAAUGUCGGUAGAUUCUUCUCAACGAUAGGACUUACUCUAUUGCCACAUUAUAACCCCGCAGAUUUCAUUCUGGAACAAAUAAAGGGGCCGGAGGAGGUUCGAGAUCGCAUUGUGGCCGCGGCGAGAGCUGCAAGACAGGGACCUGACUGCCCACCGGAACUUCGCCCGGAGUAUAAUCCCAGCCAACAUCCGCUCUGCGACCAUCUCAUCCAUUAUCACGAGCACCACAUCAGCCACAACGUGAAGGAAGACGAAGGCCGUACGCUGUGGUUGGACACACAAAGCCACGCCAGUAGUAGUGCGAGUUCUGCUGAUGACGACUAUUCCUGGCAAUGGCCCACGAGCUUCUGGUCGCAGUUCAAAGUAUUAUCGGAAAGAAAUUUUCAAGAGGCCCGACCGCGAAUGUUGUCGCGUUUGCACUGGCUACAAACGGUAGCUCUCGGACUUCUAACCGGGCUUUUAUGGCUGGGUCUUCCCAGAACUGAAGCAGCCAUUCACGAUAUCCAGGGAUGGAUGUUCUUCAGCAACACAUACUGGAUGCUUUUUGCACACUUUGGAGCGCUCACUAGCUUUCCCCCGGAGCGCGAGGUGAUCAACAAGGAACGCCUGUCAGGAUCCUAUCGGCUCUCGGCCUAUUACCUGGCGAAGAUGGUGGGCGAGCUGCCGUUGACGAUAACGCUGCCCGCAGUCUACCAUAUGAUUAGUUACCCAAUGUUGGGCUUCCACAAUCUAGCGGUCUUCAUCACGCUGCUCAUGUUCUUGCUGCUCAACACCGUAGUCGCGCAGAGCGUUGGAUUCUUCGUGGGCGCCUGUUGCGAAGAUCUGCAGGUGGGCAUCACCGUGUCCGCGCUGUACACACUCUCGACCCAGCUUUUGGGCGGCUAUUUGGCGACGUCGGUCCCACCAUGGCUUGCGUGGGCCAGAUACAUCAGCAUGAUGCAUUACGCCUAUCAGAAUAUGCAGAUCCUGGAGUUCGGUGUCGGCGAGCCAAUCGCGUAAGACUUACAUCUCUGAUCUAUCUUCAAUCCCCGUCCUUCCCCGCGGCCGCGGUCCAAA